CAUCGUAGUCUCCACUGUACCCAGGCCAGGCCCCAACUAGAAAGCCAACUAGGGUACUCUCUCUCUCUCUCUCUCUCUUAUCUCUAAAUAAAAUGGCGUCGAUCGUCGCCGCCGCCGGAACCCUAGCUCCUCUCAAUAUCUCUUCCACUCCCCGUCGCUCUUACCGCCGUUCCUCGACCUCUACUUCCCUCUCCGCCGCUCCAUUCCUCCCCCAAAUCCGCUGCUCAAUCUCUCCCCAAAACCCUAAUCCCUCCCCGCAAAACCCUAAUUUCCCCGCCAAAUCUCCGUUCUCUCUAUCUCGCUCGGCUCCUCUAGCUCUCACUGCGGUCUCCGUCGGCUCCGGCUUCCUUAUUCAUCUCCUGGCCGCCGGAAACGGCGGGAUCGGCGGCGGAUUUGGUGGUUCCGGCGGCGGAGGUGGCGGUGGAGGAUCCGGCGGAGGUGAUUUCUGGUCUCGCUUGCGGUCGUAUUUGGUUGCGAAUGCGAAAGAAGAUGAAAAUCAAGCGGAGUGGGACCCUCACGGUUUAUCUGCCAAUGUGGUGCUGCAAAUGAACAAGCUGAGUGGAUUCAAGAAGUAUAAGGUCUCAGAUGUUGUGUUUGUCGAUAAGCUGACUUCGGAGAGUAUUGGCAGUGACGAUUCUUUUAACGAAAUGGUUACGAUUAGACCUGGCGGGAUUUACACGAAAGCUCAGCUGCAGAAAGAGCUCGAGACAUUGGCUACGUGUGGCAUGUUUGAGAAAGUCGAUAUUGAGAGCACGACUAAGCCGGAUGGGACAAUUGGGAUUGCAAUUUCGUUUGUGGAGAGUAGUUGGUCAGUUGCGGAUAGGUUUAAGUGUAUUAAUGUGGGGUUGAUGGCUCCAUCAAAGACUACAGAUAAGGAUCCAAUGGAGAUGAGUGAGAAGGAGAGGAUGGAGUUUAUGAGGAGUCAAGAGAGGGAUUAUAAGAAGAGAAUGGAUAGGUCGAGGCCUUGUAUGUUGCCCGCUUCUACUCAUAGGGAGAUUUUGGAUAUGUUGGCGGUGGAAGGGCAGGUGACUGCCAGGUUGUUGCAAAAGAUUAGAGAUAAGGUCCAGAGGUGGUAUCAUGAUAAUGGGUAUGUGUGUGCUCAGGUAGUGAAUUUUGGGAAUUUGAAUACUAGGGAAGUGGUUUGUGAGGUUGUGGAAGGGGAUAUUACGCAGGUGGUGGUACAGUUUCAGGAUAAACUUGGGAAUGUGUGUGAAGGUAAUACUCAGUUCGGAGUUGUCAGGAGAGAAUUACCCAAAUAUCUUCGACAAGGUAAAGUAUUUAACAUAGAAGGGGGGAAGCAGGCAUUGCGCAAUAUAAACUCUCUAGCUUUGUUUUCUAACAUUGAAGUCAAUCCACGCCCUGAUGAAAAAACUGAGGGUGGGAUUGUGGUGGAGAUUAAACUUAAAGAACUGGAACAGCAGUCAGCUGAAGUUAGCACAGAAUGGAGUAUAGUUCCUGGACGCGGAGGUCCUACUCUGGCUUCAAUUCAGCCAGGGGGGACUGUUUCUUUUGAACAUAGAAAUCUUAAAGGAUUAAAUAGGUCCCUUCUUGGUUCAGUCACGACCAGUAACUUUCUGAAUCCUCAGGAUGAUCUUGCUUUUAAACUUGAGUAUGUGCAUCCAUAUCUAGAUGGUCUGAAUAGUUCACGUAAUCGCACACUCCGUACUAGCUGCUUCAACAGCAGGAAACUUAGUCCAGUAUUUACUGGUGGGCCAGGAAUGGAUGAAGUCCCACCAAUAUGGGUUGAUCGGGCUGGCAUCAAAACUAACAUCACAGAGAAUUUCACUCGUCAAAGCAAGUUCACGUAUGGAAUUGUGAUGGAAGAGAUAACAACACGAGAUGAAAGCAGUAACAUUUGUGCAAAUGGGCAAAGGGUGUUGCCAGGUGGAGGUGUAACUGCUGAUGGACCUCCAACGACCCUCAGUGGCACUGGCAUUGACCGGAUGGCAUUUUUACAGGCCAAUAUCACAAGAGACAACACUAAGUUUGUCAAUGGAGCAAUUGUGGGUGAAAGAAAUGUAUUUCAGCUAGAUCAAGGUCUUUUCAUUGGCAGCAAGUUCCCAUUUUUCAAUCGUCACCACCUGACUUGGACCAAAUUCCUCCAGCUAAAGGCAGUAGAAGAAGGUGCUGGUAAACCACCACCACCAGUGCUAGUCCUGCAUGGGCAUUAUGGUGGUUGUGUUGGAGACCUUCCAAGUUAUGACGCAUUUACUCUAGGGGGACCUUAUUCAGUCAGAGGUUACAAUAUGGGAGAAUUAGGCGCUGCCAGAAAUAUCCUUGAGCUUGCUGCUGAGCUUCGUGUACCUGUUAGGAACACGCAUGUGUAUGCAUUUGCAGAGCAUGGGAACGAUUUGGGAAGCUCAAAAGAAGUCAAGGGUAACCCAACUGAGGUUUACAGGCGUAUGGGACAGGGGUCAUCAUAUGGUGUUGGCGUAAAGUUAGGUCUGAUACGAGCUGAGUAUGCUGUUGAUCACAAUUCUGGGACGGGUGCUGUGUUCUUUAGAUUUGGCGAGAGAUUCUGAGAUAUAUCUCGUGUUCAUAGUUUUGCCGGAUACUAUAAUAAUCUUGAAGUUAGUUUAGUGAUCAGAAGUUGAGUUUGGGAGAGGAAAACGUCGGACCAAAAAAAUUCAUGUACAAUUUAUUGUAUCAGUUGCUUCUUUUUUUCUUUUUUCUUUUUUCAUUUUUAUGUUCAUUUUCAAGUUGAUCUUAAGCCACGACUUGUGUUUUUCAACUGAGAUGAUAGUUUAUGUAAAUCAGAUAUCUUAAUUUUUCAAGGUUCAGAUUUCAGGGAUA